ACCACAGCAGAGUAAGGUGUCAAAACAUAGUAGAAUUGGAGUUCCUGAAAGUUUGUCAGAAGAGUUGUACUUGACUUUCCAAGGACAGAAAGUUGGUUGAAGAGGAAUUGUAAAGGAAGGAGAAGUAGGUGUUGUGCUGCAGUUUUCUUCUAGUUUCUUGUGAGUUUGCUUCAAGAGCCUAAAUCAAUGGCGGAACAAGAGUGACAUUUGGACUUUGAUUGACUGAUCAGGGUCGUUACCUCUGCACCGACAUGUGUCCAAGCUCUGCCAACAGGACGUUGAGAUUGUACUGCACCAUCAGGCACCUCAUGAGCCUUCUCAGGAAGCACCCUCGUCUCGCCAAGGCCUCGCUCUACAGAUAUUCACUGCCGUCACCCACUUAUCCUUCCAGAUUCACAAGAAAAGCCACGUUUCGAAAAUUAAACCGCGGUGACACAGGAUUUAACGCUCACAGCUUCAAACAUCCACAGGUUGUGCGUUUUUACUCCUCUUCCAAUAGGGAUGUAUUCAAAGCCGAAGCUCCCAUUGGGAUCUUUGAGGAGGCACAGAGCAGUGUUCAUUGGAAUUCACUGGGAGGACGUCUCGGCCAAUCGUUUCAUCGACUGUCCAGACACAUUAACAACUACUUCAAGAUUAAGGACAUCGUACCUCUAGCUGCAAAUGCCUGUCUUGUUGCCGCAACGCCGGCAUUCCCUGGCAGGUCCCAGAGGCGCAGUCUGAGUCAACGAGGAGCCAGAGAGAAAAGUGUCUCAGAGGACAAAGACACCCCACAGGUCCGUGAAUGCAAAAACCAACAGGAGAGCUCAGUAAAAAUUCCUUCAACCCAGGAAAGGCCUGCACUGCAAUUAUUUCACAUCAGCUCUUUGGCAACCAGAUUCGGAGAGAGCUACACCUACGUGGCUAAUCACAUUAACUCUGUCUUUUCCCAGGGUUUUGCAAAAGUGGAAUUAGAGGAGAAUGUUAAAAUGUCUUCCACCAUAGGGACACACAGGAGGCAGAGGAGAAAGAAAAUGUCAAACACUUGUAUUGUAAACGCUGAAGAAGUGACAUCCAGUGUUGAACAGGCAACAGUUGAACAGAAAGAUUUCUCCAGCAGCUGGGAGGAGGGCUACCUUCACUUUGCCAGACACAUCAAUAAAUACUUUGGUGCAAAGGUGUCAGAUGAGGUUCAGAGCAGGAGAGAGGAACUUCCUGUGGAAAAGACUUCUCCACGUUCAACACAGUCUACCUCACAGAGUCAAGGUGCCACGUCCCGACUAAAGCAAGAGGAUCCCACCAGCCCUGAAACUGGAGGCCUUUUCCACAGCAGCCACGUCGCAACAAACUUUGGGGAGAACUAUUUCCAGACGGCCAGUCACAUCAACCAGUAUUUCAAUGGUCAAAGUGAACUGGAUGAGGAGACUGAUGGAAAACGUACAUCAGUGGAUUCAGGAUCUGAAACCUCUGAGAGACUCGGAAAGACUGUGACUUUAUUGGAUUUCCUUCGCCACCCUACAAGUGCCAUCCCUGACUUCCUGGGAACUUACCUCAAACUGGGCCCUUUGUCACAGACUCGUGUUCCCAAACCUGCCAUGACUGCACGGGGGGCGAUAUUAAAUAAAAAGAUCAUCUUGAGUCGGAGGCAGGUGGAGGAACUCACAUGUGGGUUGAUUGGCAGUCUGGGACUGGCCUCAUCUCCAGGAGCUCUGGUCGCCUGCGUGGAGGCGCUCAACGAACACCUCAUCCUUCACCCGUCAUGCAGAGCUUUAAUGUGGCAGGACAAAACUGCAGUCACACUGCUGAGGAAGAGACGAAGCUACAGGGACGACCAUGAUCUUCAAAGCGCCUUGAGAGAAACCUUGGCUCUGAUUGGCUAUGUGGAGCCAGUCAAAGGCAGCGGCAUUAGGGUGCUCUCGAUCGAUGGUGGUGGCACAAGAGGAGUGGUGCCUCUGCAGGUGUUAAAGCUACUGGAAGAAGAAACGGGCAGAAAGAUCCACCAGCUGUUUGACUACAUCUGUGGAGUGAGCACAGGUGCCGUUCUGGCCUUCAUGCUGGGCCUGGCUCGUUUUUCCCUGGAGGAGUGUUUCGACAUGUAUCGGCGAUUUGGCUCCGAGGUGUUUCGUCAGAACCCGCUGGUCGGCACCGUGAAGAUGGGCUGGAAUCACUCCUACUACAGCACUGAGACGUGGGAAAACAUAUUACGAGAAAAGCUGGGAAAUAAAGUUCUUAUUAAAACAGCCAGAGAUGAGUUGAGUCCAAAGGUUUCUGCAGUGAGUGCAGUGGUAAACUGGGGCACCAGUCCAAAGGCCUUUGUCUUCCGCAACUACAACCACACACCCGGCUCUCUCAGCCGCUACGCAGGAGGCUCAGGAUACCAGAUGUGGGAGGCGGUCAGAGCAUCAUCAGCUGCCCCGGGAUACUUCCAGGAGUUCACCCUGCAAAGUGACAUUCACCAGGAUGGAGGAAUCCUCCUGAACAACCCCUGUGCCUUGGCCGUCCACGAGAGCCGUCUGCUGUGGCCCAACCAGCCCUUCCAGUGUGUGCUGUCCCUCGGCACCGGUCGCUAUGACAAUACUACGAGGGGCCCCGCCACCUCCACCAGCCUGAGGGCCAAAAUCAGCAACCUGAUCUGCAGCGCCACAGACACCGAGGGGGUCCACACCCUUUUGGACGACCUGCUCGCCCCGGACGUCUACUUCCGCUUCAACCCCAUGCUGAGCGCCUUGGUGUCGCUGGACGAGAGCCGGCCGCGCGCCAUGAACCAGCUGCAGAGAGACACCCAGAUCUACCUGGAGAGAAACCGGCUCAAGUUGGCGAGGCUCUGUUUGGUGCUCGGGCCAGAGCGGUCGGCUGUGAGCAGAACCAAAGACUGGAUGAGCGAGCGGGCCUGGGAGAUGAAACAGAGAUGGGUGUGAGGAGGUACAAGACAAAUCUAGAAGAAGAUGCAUAUUCCUCUGUGCAGGUGCUCACAUACACAGACUGUGGUCACAUGAGUGCACCAACACCGAUCAGCUGCAACACUAAAACCUCCUACCUGUUUUAGUUUGGUGAAAUGUACAAGGAGGUUAUGUUUUCACCUCUGUGUGUUUAUUUGUAAGCAAGAUUACAGAAAAACAACAGAAUAGAUUUCAAUGAAACCUGGUGGAAGGAUACGGUAAAGAGUCAGGGAAGAGACAGUUACAUUUUGGUAAAGAUCCAGGACUUUUGUGCAGAUAUUCACUUCAUCCAGAAGAUGGAGGCAGCAGAUAUAUUUAUUUUCAUACCACUGUGAUACCACAUCCAGUAUAUGGCUGCAGACUUGUACCAUUUCUCUAUAAUUUUAUCCUUGAUUUAUUGCUGAUCAGCAUGCAUCAGCUUAGAAUGUGGAACAAUUACCAUCAUUUAUUACAGAUUUUCGAUGAAUUAAAAUUUAAUUAAAUACAAGACAAGCUUCAGAGGGAUAAAGAAGCCAGACAGUUGCUGACAAAUUGGUUAAGACUGUUAUUAGAUUGUAUUUUAAUGAUAAUUAUUUUUUCCUGUAUAAAAUAUAAAUGCAACGUUGUCAACAGGUCUCACAUCUGUAAAACAUUUUGUUUGACUUCUUGACGUAGACGCACAAAACGAAUAUGCACAUUAAUAACACAAGCACUCUCAUGCACUUUGUUUGAAAAGCUUUGUGCAAGUUUCAUAUGUGAAACUGUUUAUUAGACACAACUAUAACUCUUUUAAAAUGUAUUUCUCAGAGUUGUUGACUAUUAUAUAAGAUAUAAACUAUGUCACAAUAUGUUUUUGUUGUAUCAUAUUGUACAAUUG